CGUGUUUGCUUUUCGGUUCUCGAGAAAUUUGCUGGCGUACAAAACAGGAAACUCUUUCGUUGUACUUCUUAGAAGGAGACUCUUUCGUUGGACCUUCACGCUCGUGGUAAGAAACGCAUUGUCAUCGUUGUCGAAGGCUCGUAUCGGUUUGCAUCGGGACGUCGCGUUGAGGAGAGCAAAACAUCAACAAGAGUAGUUCUAGAAAAGGUUACAAAAGUCAAAGUGAAAGUAUUGUCCCCAUGGCCAUUGAUCCAGGACCCAUCCCCUUUUUGUUUUGCCUGCACCACCAGUUCGUAGUUCUUGAUGUUAAUAUAAUUUUCAGUGACAAAAAGGCGUAGGCCUAAAGAAGUUGUGGUGCCAAAGAUGGAGAUACCACGCAUUCGUGGAGAUGAUCAAACGUCGUUCCCUAGUACAGUGAAGACGAGCAAGAGUAUAUUACAAGGUUGCAAGUUCAACCAUCUUGAUCUUCUGAACAAAUAUUAAUGCAAACAAAAACAAUAUGUCUUCACCUGCAGCUCUCUUUGUCUCCGAUUUACUGUCUGGUGCUCCUCCUGUUGGUAUUGCGGGGAAGCAUCAAGGCGCGAAGGACACUUCAAGAACGUCUUUCACUGCCUUUCUGGAAGCCUUGGAGAGAGGUACGGGGACCUCAUCUUCGUCGUCCUCGAGUAGAAGGUUUGUCUCAUGGGAACAGCCUCCGUUGGUGCCUCAUGGUUCUUCCAAGAAGACUACGAACUACACGGCAAGAAGAAGAACUACUUCUACUACUUUUUCGGUAAUUGAUCUCGCACGUAAGACCCCUAGAAAGAGCAGGCCGACGAGGACGACGCACACGUCUUUCGAAUUAUGGCCUGGUGCUUCGGUCGAGGACUACCAGCUAAACACUGGUGGUGCCAGAAAGCGAGUCGAAACUGUGACAGGCUUGUUACCUGGAAUGAAUGCCUGGCCUAGCGAGGUAGACGACCCAAAUAGGAAAUUCGCGAAAUUAAACGCCAAACACUUGACACCGGAUGCAGCGACGUGCGAAUAUGUGAAAGUUAUGUUGAUCUUAGUCAGACUAACAAGUCCUUGAGCAGAUUGAGAUGAAAAAGCCAGUACUUGUGCCUGCUGUUGUUCAUUCCUCACGACAAUAAGAGACCUCCCUAACAUAUGAAACGAAAAAAACAAGAAGAACCAAAAGAGAACUUCUACAGUGCUCCUCCAGGCAUGAUGGUCCUAAGUAAUUACUUAUACGAACAUGCAGUUGAACGAGACACCUUUACACGAUCAUCAAUUGUACAUAGGUAGUUCAUUGAACCAUAACCAAGACGCUGUGUAUUCUAACGCACAUUCACAUUUACUUCCUCUAAGAUCAACACCGACCACAAUCCUUUGCGAGCAGAUGCGUUGAAACAUGAGAUGACAAAGAUAACUGGCACAUGCGCACCUGGGCAAUAUCGUUGCUGUAACGAGAUGAAGCAAUUCGCUAUGCCCGAUCCUACACUAUUCAAGUUAUGAGAUCAUGCACGUGCUCGACGUCGUGUCUAAAUCUAGUACGUUUCUACUUUCUUUGGUUACUGCUAAUAUCGGUUUGCUUAAUAGUUCUGCUGGGACCACAUCAAACAAUAACAGGUGACUCGUUUUUACUCGUACAGGAGAAGGCCAGUACGUCUUCAUCAAGUCCUAGAUUUUACUUCAAACAAGCUCUAACCCUCGAAGGCCAGUACGUAUUCAUCAAGUCGCCCACAUCGAAUGAAGAAGGCGACGGCUUAACCGGCAGGAUCAAGGGCUUCGAUGCUGUCACGCAGAUGUGGCGAGUCUCGCUGUUUCGGCCGCGCAAACCGAGUAUGGCCCCAAAAGACGACUUGCACACCAUCGCGUCUGUCCAGGUCCGCUGUGUCCAGAAGACUUUAGCUAGCGAGUUCAAUCCCAACGAUUUCGGCGAAUCGUGGACGACAGAACAGCCAGUUGCACUGGAGGAGGCGAUUCCGCAACGCUGUCGCGCAAACGAGAAAGAGUUUCACUGUGAAAAAUUGCGCUACGAAUGUGGAGACGAGAAACCUCCGAAAUUGAAUGAAGCUGGGGAUUUAUGGCUCGAGGAAGAAGCUUUAUUUACUUACUCACAUACACAUAUUAGUCCACCUAGGGGGUACUAGUAGAUGAUGAAUUAGGUUCAUCAUGAUUUUGGAGAUGAAAAAGACAGAAUUAUUGAUUCUAACUUUAUGUACAGAACAAGAACUAGAAGUACAGUGCUGCCUCCAAUUAUAGCACGACUAGUACUUUUUUUACCUCAUUCCCCUUCUCCUCGAGCAGUCUCCUUGCACUACUUUUUUUACUUCUUCAUUCUCCUACUACUUCUCGAGUUGUCUCCUCUUUCAUGAAACGAAGAAGCUACCGGUGAAGGCGAACACCAGCAAGAUGGGCAACCUCCUGGAGUGACCAAUUUCGGUGAUCUGAUGCCCUCUCCAGACGAUGCAACCGAAGAGCAGAUUGUAGAAUUGGACCAUAAAAUGCCAGAGUUCGAAAAGGAAGAUUUCGAGAACGGUUUCAAAAUGACCAAGCCUCCUCAAUUAGUCGUGCCGGGAAAUAAGCACUCUUUUACGGAGGUCUACUAUUCGCCUAGAUAUUUAAAAUUUUACCUGAGAACAGGUGGCUCCUCUCCUCUACUCUACGACUACCUAAUCUACAUCUUAGUAAUUGCUGUGGUUGAAUUUAGUUUUAGCCAUGCCUGGUGCUCUACCUAGAAGAGUCCUCUACGGGAAAUCUACACGCAAGAACCGUAAUUUAAAUUGAAUAUCCAAGAAGACGACUGCUACCUCAAGUAGUGCAUACAACUGAUGUUAUAAUUAAUAUCCAAGACGAGAUAUAUCAUCUUGUUCUUGAAGAAGGAUUCCACCCAUAGGAGGGAUUAUUGAUUCUUCAAGGAACAACUACAAGUUCUAACUCUUGCGCCAUCCGCAAGCAGAAUUGCGAGUUUUACAUGGGCUUUCAUGCCCACUCGAACAACGGAACCGCAUGGAGUUCACAACUAGGCUUGCAGGGAAAGAAAGUCGUGUUUGACAAGAAAUCGCGGAGAGGUUUGCUAGCAAAAGCGAUUGACGACUACGCAAGACACUAUCCAGAUCCUCAUGGGCUCUUUGUGAACGAAUUGGUUUCCAUCGACAAAAUGGGAGAGGCGAAGGUUAAGGCGAAUCUAGAGGCGAAUUCAUCUUCAGAGAGUUCGUUGUAUUUCAACAUCCCUUAGAUUAUAUUACUACCUAUUAGUUUUCUGCUCCUACUUGGAAGAUUGUUCUGACGUUAAUUUAUAAUGAGCUUACCACGCAAGGGCAAGAAGAUGAAUUAUCGCGAGCGCCUCUAAGAGUGGAUCAGGUGCGAAAGCGCGGGUCGUUGGGUACAACAACGAAACACAAAAGUACAAGUUAGAUUAUGACUUCCGGAAAUCUCACCCAUCUUCAGGAGCAGCAUCUUGGACCUCCGUGUAAGGGGAAAACGGGUCCUCCAGCACGAGGCUUUCUUCCAAGAUGGGAGAUUCCCGAUUCCCGUCUAAUUAGGGUACAUUGGUGACCCGGCAGCAGAUCUGAAUGCAGGAAAACGAGUGGAGCGAGCAAUUGAGGACCCGGAUACUGGUGACAAAUUAGAACCAUUUGUCGGGAUGUACGUGCGGUGUCAUCUUAUGCUGCCAAGAAUAGAUGUCACAUCAUAAAAAUCAGACUGUGCAAUAUUACCCAGAAUAGAUGCUUUUUCUUGUUCCACGAAAUGCCAAGAAUAGAUGCCAUUUUACCAAGAAUAGAUCCUUUUCUUGUUCGUCGUAGCUCCAUAUUACCAACAUCAAUAGAUGCUAUUUUACCAAGAAUAGAUGCUUUUUCUUUUUCUUGUUCCUGAAAUUGUCCUUGGUGUCCUUCGAGAGGACUGCGUAGAUCCUUAGAGCUCUAGCUCUAUGCUAACAGAUAUCUAGUCCCUCGACUUCAGUCUCUCAGUGUUACCCUCCUCCGGCGUGAACACUUAGUUAAUACUAGCUAACGCGCUUGCGUUUGAAAUGAGCCCUAGCUCAAUCUUAUCUCUUAUGCUCUGAAUCCUAGAUUCUUAAACCAAAACCUAAACGUUCGUUGGGAAGAGAUAGAUGGAUGAAGUCCGGACAAUCGUCCAUUCGUUUCAGUGGAAUGCGGUUUGCAUGAGGAUUGCUCAAUUUGUUCUCUCGUGUCAGGCAGUUUUGAAUACUCUCUACGAGGAAACGACUGUCACAUACUACUUACUCGUUUUGCCUUACAACAACCAUCCUCCCUGUGACAUGUCGUUAACCUCCUUAUCUACUAAAUACUGCUGACACGAAGCUUGAACGUUAAUCGAAUGAUAUCCUUAGUACCUUCAUCUGAUGAUAUCAUCACAUCCUCCCUUAACGACAGCACAGAAGGAUAAGAUCUUAGGAAUUACUCUGAAAGAUAUAAGUCAAGAGAGAAAAGGACUAAAUAACAACAGAGUGAGAGAGCGGAAAUUGACAACCGAAAUUUCAUUGUCAUCCUUGAUAAGAAUAGGCGAGGAGUAAAAGUCGUCUAAAUCACAGUGGGGCAACUAAAAGUUUCAAAUUCGGUGAUAAUGAGUAAUUUCUUCUCACAUGCAAAGAAAACAGCAACAUGCGACACAAACUCUAAAUUCUGACUUCAACUUGAUAUCCAAAUGUUCAUCAAUUAAUUAUCUUAUGAUGCAAAAGUUCCUGCUUAUCUAUAAGCGUCCACCUGUCGCCUGACAAUCAAAACCUUCUCCUCUAUUUUUAUACCUACCUCUAGUGGUCCGUCAACUAAGGAAACCCGUAGGUGACCUCGAAUGCGGGCAAAAAACACAACGUCCAUGUGAUCCAUCUUGUAUGCCUGCAGAACUACUCGUAGAACUAGUGACCAGACAAGCCAAACAACAAAAUAUGUAUGUCCUCGUAGCCUUUCCAAAACUUGAUAACCUAUGUUUAAUGUUUAAACUUCAAGAGAUACUAGUCUGACCUAUGGUAGAACUAUGUUAUGCCUGUCCUCAUAAUCAAUCCAGACUCUCUGUUGUUGAUUCAUACCAUCCUGCUCGGCCCCUAGAUAUCGGAUUUCCAACAUAAACUUGUCCAUCCCAAAAUAUGUAUGAAUGAGUUCGAUGAGCUCCAGCACCUGCUUUCUAGGCUCAAAACCUAUACAGACCGGUGGGUCUCCAAGGUUCGCUAUCAGAGGAAGCUUAUCCCCUUUUACAGUGAGACACUUCUGUCGUUGACGAUUAACAACAAUAGUCUUACCUACUUCCUUAAUCCUCUUAUCCUUCCGUAGGAUGUCAAUGCUUUCCUUGUUCAUUAGGAAAACCAUGACUUCGAACAAAUCCGUCUUCGGCGACCCCAUCUUCGGAACUGGUAGAAACUCUUCAACUACCUACCUUACCUACAAAGACUAUUCGAUCCACGUCUGAGGCAGCUAUGAGGACUCUAUCAAACUCAAGCGAGGAGAUCCGAAUAUUAACUAACACCGUGUCCUUCUUCAGUACUUCCUCGAGAUAGUGAAACAACUUAGUUGUCAUGAAAAGUUUAGCCGGCUUGAAAAAGAUUUGUUGUUCGUGGUGCCAAAAAAUAUUUUUCUUAUCCUCCUUCACUUCAGAGCAACGAACUUCAAAGAAUUCACCAGAAUACCACAAACCAGUACCAGGACAACCGUCACGUCGAUCAACUACACGCCCACCUAUGUGUUCCACAAAACACUGAAAAUCCUCGUUAUCGAGAAUAACGUCCCUUAGUUCGAAUGGCUGGUCUAUAUAGAGCUUAGGCAACUCCAUGAUAUCCUGCAAAUAGUCCUAAACCUAAUCAGUCCUAACACCUAGAAUUCAACGAAGUGAUCACCGCUCGUAACUAGGCUCAGUGAUCGAAGAAAUAGAAAUACCACUGUCUCAUGGAAAUGUUACCAAGAUGAACACGAUUCAAAAUAAUAUUACCGUGACGUCGCGACGUUGCUCUAUCCCUAAGAUUCACCGUCACCCGUUGGAGAGGCAGCACUUUCUCACUCAUUAAAUACUGAGCCAGAUCAUACAUGAGAGAAUCACACCGCACGAGGACGAAGUUAUUUUCCAGAUACUUGUAGUAUAUACGACUAUUCUUAAGAUAAUACUUAGGCUGGCCCCGGGUGUUAGGGAGCACCGAAAAUCCACCUCGUUUACCUAGAUAUUCGAUAAACACCUGAUUUUUCACCUUAAUGGAAAGAACGUCGAACGUUUUCCCUGAGGGAUUAUAUGUAGCCGGCAUGUUGUGCCCCUCGUUUACCCAGUUACGAGAGCCAAUUUUGCUCCCUCAAAGAAAAUUCCGACACCUUCACCGAGUCGUCACCUACACCCAAAAACGAUUUAACGAACCAGCUUUAAAAAUACCCUUCUACAGCGACAUCUUGCUUCUAUCUAAUAGUUACACAAAAUAACGCCUAGUACUUAUUUCCUGAAAUAGUUCCUUAGUAUGUAUUACUUGAUUCAAACCCAGCAACUUCCUAAUCCAGCAAUAUGCGAUCCUUCUAACACAAACUUUGAACUUCAAAAUGUUGUUAUGUUUAACACAAAGCCCUUAUUUAUGGAAACUUAUGAAAACACUUUUCUUCCACCCCUUCUUACCUGAAAAUCGACACAGUCAUCAACUUGACUACCCUCCUGUUGACCCAACCUGCGUCUAAAAGAUAUGAUAUGAAACUGUUUUUGACUUUAGAAACAUCUGAUAACAGCCUUACUCUUAAAAUGCAACUUCUUUUCAACCUAAUAUAUGGAAAUUUGCCAUGUCCAGCAAUCAUAAACAAUCAAAACAAUACAAUUCUACUGUUCAUUCAUCCUCCCAUAUCAUGAUCGCACAUUUCUUUGCCACCAAACCGGAUGCUCUUUCAUGUUUUCAAAAUUUCAAUUAUAAUGGAAAAGGAACCUAUGAUUUGCGAACUUAUUCCAGUUUGAACUUCUAUGUAUGUCCCAGAUUGAUGCGGAAAAUAUGAGGCAUAGAGUGCAGAUGCAACAUGAAGGAACUUUUUAUCACCAAACACCUCAUCAAAGGAGCAAGACAUUUCAAUUCUUUGCCUCUGAUCCUUCAGUUAAAAUUCAAGAAUAAAUUUCACCUUUCGGAAAAUAUUUGAUCAAACGCCCUUAUUUUAAUUACAAUACGAUCUAGAUCCUGAUGAUUUUACUUUUCAAUCCAAGAGAUCACUUGAUUUAAUUAGCCUUCGCUUAUUGAUCUUUUUCGUCUCCUUCGUUUUGUCAAACUCGACCAGCGCAGCAUCACCAUAGUCCUCGAGGACCUUUCCAGCCUCGUACGGUAGUUGGAGGUUAUGAUGGACGUCUCUCAACUGCUCAUUAGGUGCUAACCUGAUGAGACAACGCGUAUUAGGUGACCACCGCACGACUGGUUUCGAUUCCUGUUCCGCUUUUUCAGCCAUUUCGUCACGAACACGACUAUAGACGUUAUGCAUCCUCUUGAGUCUGUCCAGCAUCAUCUUCUCUACUGAUGUUUGUGCUUCCCCUGCUGCUACUGAAAAAUCCACUGGUCUCCUACCUGUGACGUAUUCAAAGGGAGAAAUCAACCCAAGCUGAAGUCUCGGCGAUGCUCGUAUGGCCCAUUGGGCCGGUUUGAUGAGAGAGGACCAUCUAGCAAAUCGAGCACGUCCAUGAUCUAAGAAGAGCGUCUCCAAGUAGAUGCGAAUCGUCUGCCAAGCGGUGCGAUGUGAACGCUCCGUGAUGCCCUGCGUCCUGGGGUUAUACGCUGAUGCCAAUCUCCAGGUAGAAUUCGUAAAUUUUGCUAACGCCUGCGUUACUUCGGCUGUGAAAUGCGUGCCUCUGUCCGAACGAAUCACCUUCGGCCUGCCAACUGCGAAAAUGACAUCUUCAAGUAGACCUUUCGCAGCUGUUUCCGCUGUAGCAUCAGACGUAGAGCGAAACCAGCAAAACCCCGAGUGUGAACAGCUCAUGGUCAAGAUAAACUUGAACCCGUCUGAUUCUGGUGCUAUUGGUCCUACGAAGUCAAUCUGGAUAUCCUGAAAGAGAUCCGGAACGGUACGAUACGUCCCCGCCGGUUCCGGGUUAAUACCAAUCUUGCCUUGCUUGCACACCCGACACUUCUUGACGAAUUUCCGUACUAGCUUCGAGAGUCCACGCACAAAAACGACGUUACGAACUAGAUCAUAGGUUGCAUCUGAUCCGCGGUGUUGACCUAGCGUGAUGUCCUGAUGAGCAGCAUGCAACAAUGGUGAAAGUUGGCUGCUAGUAGGAGGGACCGACAAAAGGUACCUAAACUCAACUCUGCGUUCGUCAAAGGUCCUCCGGAAAUGUAGUCCUGUCUGCUCAUCUUUGAUGUGUUGCGACCUCUCAAGCACCGUAGCAUUCAACAAGUACUUCUCCUGCUCUUCCCGAAGUAUUUCCAAACUGACAUGGAAUAACUCCUGCACUUGUUCUAAGGCAGCUGAUGUUUGUCGUUGGAACCAGGUCUGCUGAUGGAGUGGUAAAGUAGUAGUAUCAACCGUUUCCGUAGGUACUUUAGGCUUAUCUGACCACACUAAAGACCUUCUGUCUGCCUGCUCCCCAUCCUUAUCAUCACAAAGACCAAGUUGACUAGUCGUGCUCGUUGUGUUAGUAGUAUUCAUUGCUGGCGGCAAACAAGCAGAACCAAAAGCGACAGGAGCAGUUGAUGAAGAAGAAGAAGAAGAAGUUUGCUUCCUUUCAUCCGCAAACGAAACUUUCUUCGACGAGGUGGCGUUCUUCGUUCGUACCCUCAUGUUUGCAGAGAUAUCAGCAUCCUGCUCAUUACUAUCCAGCGCGUCCAGCAUGGUGAAAAACUCUGUGUCCAACUGCUCGUAAUCGUCAUCAUACCAGAGAAAAUUCACACAGCGCAGUCUUUCCUCCUGCAACAACUUGUUAAAAUUGUUCCUUUCCUCCUCAAAUGAACGCACCCGCUUAAGUGCUUGUCCUGCAUAAAAUAGUGCGCGCAAUCCUCCCAACGCCUGUCCCGAGAAGUAAGCAUUCUGUCUUGGGUGACCAUUUGAAGAUACUACUUCCUGUGUGUACUUGACAUGAUACGUAGUAGUAUUACUACCAUCGUUUUUGAAGUACAAAUAGGCACGUGUCGCCUUUUUCGACUUCUUCGGGAGUUUAUCCUGUGCUGAAAUCCUAUGAGAUUUGGCACUCUUCACCGGUGCAACCAUCUCCCUCUCAAAACCAACAGAAACGUCAUGAACCGGUGGAAAAGCAUCAUCAGCUCGCGCACAACUAACAAAGCCGCAGCGUUGUUGUUCCAGUAGUACUUCAAAAGUAUCCUGAGCCAGAAGUUGUUCAUACCUAGCCGUAGUCAAUGUACUAGUUUCGUUGAUUGCUGCAACCGCUUCUGGUACUGUAACAACAGAGCUAUCCUCCCGCUUCCUAGCGUAAACACCUCUUUUUGCUGUUUUGUCAUCACGCUUCGGGAUGAGUCGAGCUAGUUCAUCCGCUUCUGCAUCGGUGAGUUUAAAACCGAAGAAACGUAGCAUUGCUCGUCGAACCGGUGAUAGAGAGUGCAAGAUGUUAGGUGAGUCAUCUCGUCCCACUGCUGGAUAUCGCGACAUAAAGUCCGCGCCUCCAUUGUUAUCCCCUUCGAUGUAGCAGCGUUCGUAGUUUGGUCCGAUUUCAUCACAGUGGAUGGCCCAAGAGAUGUGCUUGCGUAACACUCUACGGUUCUUCAAGUCAAGCAGGAAGGUAUUUGCUUGAUGAUCAGUAAGAAGUCUGCAUCUUCUACCAUUAACCAAGACUCGAGUACCCUCGAUGGCUUGCUUCGCUGCAUAACUCUCCUUCUCCGUAACUGUCCAGUACAAUUCAGAGUCACUAAAGGUGCCAUGCCCAACGUCACAAAUCCGCGCAUCUUUACUAGUUCCAGGGUACUCUUCUACUAGUACGUAUCCCCAUCCGUAGUCUGAUGCAUCGACGUAAUUUGCUAGUUCGCCUUCACCGGUGGGAGGUUGGAAACUAAUGGUCGAAAGCAGUUUCCUCGUCCACUUGAUCGCCCCUUGUGCCUUCUCGUCUCCGACGAAAUCCUCGAAUUUAGCUCCCUUACGCGAGUACUUAUUCAAAUGGAAUGACAGCGGAGCGAAAAACGCAAUGCGUUUCCCCAACCAAUUGACUAGGCAACGAUAGGACACUACGUCCGCAAUGGUCUGAGGUUCCCGCAAGUUGUUGAUGAGAUCCUUCUUCCUGUUAGUAACAUUCCAGCCGCCGAGUCCUACUUCAUAGCCCAACAGUGGAGCUUUAUUUGCAACAAACUGACAUUUCGGCAAACUAAUAAGCCAAUUCUUGGCACGUAGUGCAGGAAGUGUCACAUUCUUCAAGUGGUUGAUGUGUUCGAUGCGCAUCUCGUCUGUGAUGUAGUCCUCAGUGAUGGCGUGAGCUGGUGCUUGUCCUGUACCUGUGUGAACAUCGUCAAGAUAAGCUUUUGACUUUUGAUCCUCCCGUAGUGUGACGUCCACCCGUUGCUGAAAUUCCCAUGGAAACGUUGCUGCUCCGAAUCCAGCAACCGUAGGUGACAACAAUUGGCGAUUAAAACCAAUAGUAUAAACCUCUUGCGCCGUGUCAUCCAAUUCCAUCAAGUGAAAUCCGGACGGGAAAUCCAUCAUCGAGUGCACUAAUGCCUGUGCCGCUUCACGGAGCAUGUGCUCCGUAUUUGCCUGCGACCACUGUCUCUUCACUACUACACUGUUGGCCUUGACGUAUGAGAAGAUGGGUCUUGCCAAGAUGCCUUUUGGUUCUGAAUGAUGAACGAACGCAGCAGCGCGAAACCUACUUCUAGCGUUACGUUCGUACAACUGCCCAUCUUCCUUGAACCACCGGAUAUGUGCCUCCAAGAUUUUCUUGUCCCAGGAAUCCAAAUCAUAUUCAGGGCCGAACAAGCCUUUCGUACUCUGGACCUUUUUCUCGUCAAGUUCCACUGAUAGUGGUGGAAAAUCUACUAGUCGCAGUGGUUGUCCAGGUAGCCAGCAAAUGUCAGAGAAUUGUGAGAUGGUGUCGUUGAGGUGCGCUCUAACACGCGGUGAUAGAUGUGUGUAGUUUGCGUCGAUGUGACUCCUGAGGCGUUGUUUGUACUCUUCUGAAUUCUGAUCAAGGCGUCCCUCGCGUGCCUUGGCUCUUUCUUCAUCCUUCUUCUUGAUUGCUGCUUCUAGUGCUGCCCAAUCACCUUGGUACUUUGCUUUAGCUAACUUCCUGUAUGAUUGAGGAUCGGAGAUGGCGGAAAUAGGAAUAUCCUCUCGUUCGUGCACUUUCGCCCAGCGUAGCAAAUCGAAUUCCGAAGGUAGCUCAUCUUCGUGAUUGGUGUUGUCGUUGUGGGAGCAGUAGAGAUCACGGAUGCCAUAGUAUGUUCCUCCAUGCUUCCAAGAGCCUAGUGCUUCAUCUGGUUGGUAAAACGGGCUCCAGCGUAUCGAACCUAGACACGGCCAACCAAUAAGUAGCAGGCAAAACAACAACGGAAAAACGAGGAAAACAAAUCGCAGAGUGAUAAAACGACCGCAAUCCGCAACCGCGUCGAAGUUCAGGAUGAUUGCUUUCUCCACUUUCUUGGCAUCCUUCGCAAAAGACAUUAAUGGCACAUCAACUCCCCAUUCGUGUUCGAUUUUCGACUUGUCCUUAGCUCUGAUUGCUUCACAAAAUGAAGACUUGAUGAGAUUCUUCGCGGAUCCUGGGUCCGGAUGUCCAGGGAUCUUAAUCCCGCAGACUCGAUAAUCCGCUCUGUACGUAGCAUGCGGAACAAAGGUGUAAUCCUCACCUUGUGGAUCUAGUUCAGCUUGCGGACUCGCUGCAACAACGCCCGGUGGGCAAAACGAGUCCAUUUUGCAGAUCAAAUUCGAAAAUCGUCCAACGCACAAGGUGGGUUGAAGUUGUUGCUGUUCCUGAUUGAAGAGUUCACGAUCAAUGCGUUCUUUAUCGUAUCGCGCAAAUUGAAGAUCCUCAACCAUAGCGUCCGGGACCGCCGCAAUUCCCAAUGGUUGAUCCGGAGGAUUGUCAUUUAAGAACUGCUUGAGAAUAUCCUCAUCAGAUGAUUCCUGAUCAUCACUCUGGUCUACUAUUGCUCCUACUUCAUUGACUCCAUUAUAAAAUUGUUGGAGGAUAUCUUCAUCUGACGGACCAGUAAUAGCUGCAAGGACAUGUGCCGAAGAUUGCUGCAGUGCGCUAGUUGUAUUUCCUGAUGUUUGAUUCUGACCAGAAGUUGCUUCGGGGGUUGGCGCCUGUUGAGAAGAUGUAGUAGAUUCGUUCUGCGGUACAGAAAUUGCUGCUGUCGGAUUCUGAUGCUGGUCCUGGUAUUGCAUCCAGGAAUGAUCGUUCCACGACUCGUAUCCCCAAUUGUUGAGGUCAUACACCACACUUCCAUCGUAGCCACUGUCAUAGACAGCGUUUCCCCAUUCGUCGUAUGCCUGGAUCGCGGCAAAGUAGUUUACGUCUUCUUCCAACCAAGACGGUUCCCACCAGCCAGAAUCAUGUUCCUCACCGUCCUGUCCGUCAUAGUUUUGUGCUGCUUCAGAUGCUGUGAUCGCUGCAACUUGUUGACCUUUUCUACCUUUUCCCUUGUUGUUGACGUAACUGGCACCACCACUACCUUUCUUGCCUUUCGUUCCAAAGGAGCCUUUUUUGCCUUUGCUCCCUUUUGAAGACGAGAAACCUUUGGAUUUUCCUUUCCCCUUCGUUGUGCUUUGUCCUCCUUGCUUCUUCUUCAAUUCAGCAUGAUGCUUCGCCAGAUGACCACGACCAUUGCAGUAGCACUGUAGUUCCCCAAGCCAGAAGUUGCAUGACAUUCCAUUGUGAAUAAUGGAGUCGGCGUCCUCUUUCCCUACUACUUGAUUCGGACAAUUCGACUGAAGAUGCCCCGCUCCAUUACAUCUGUAACACCAAAGUUGUGCCUGCGGACUUGCAGCUACUGGGUCUGCGUCAUGAGUUAGAAUCGAGGCAACUGGAUCCUUUCUUGAAUUCGCAAUCUUCCGAUUAACUUUGAUGCCAUUGUUCGCGAUGUAACGACGGCAGGCGCUGACCGCACUUCUAUCCAGUAGUGGAUUUAUUCGUAGUUCUUCUACUGUGUAUAGUGGUGGAUCAACUUGCUCGCACGAUACCUGCUGAGAAGAAACAUGAUCUCGAAGGACGCGUGGUAGUUUGUCUAAGAAGUCCUGAAGUGCACGUCGAUCCGACCCAAGAUCGGUGUCCUUGCGUUCCUCGCGAUUUUCCUUUUCUAGGACAUCUAGACGUAGUUCCGUCCACUUCUGAUAGAAUGUUUCAAACUCCUCAACACUACUACAACGCAGAAGACGUUAUUGGCCUAAUGGAUCUUCAAAUCUCCCAGUUGUUGUUACUCCAAACGCGGAUGGUAGUACACGGUCUACUAGAUUGGUCCACAGUUGUUUGGCUUUGUUCUCAUCCAAAUUGAGGCUCCUGAUCUCGGGAUUUUGUAAGGUGUAUUGACGCAUUUGCGUCUCCGUUGCCCCAACUGCGACCGCUUUUAAUGCUCUGAGUUUUUCGCCAUACGUUUCGAUUUUUGCGUCCGCAAAUCUGUUGAGCAGUUUGGAGAUCAUCUUGUCGUACUGCGCAGGAUCAGAGAGAUCAAUGUUUCCGUUCAUCUCCUUUUUGAAUAAGUCGACCUUCUUCGCUAGCGCUGCUUCGUCUUGCACUUUGGUUGUCGUCACAACUUGUUGUCCAGAUGCAGUAGAUGAGGUAGAAAGUCUAGGAUCUGGUGCACCUCCUAAAAGUACUUGAGGCAAGUGAACCCCUGGAGAAGUGCUCAUCUGGCUGGUGCGACGAUCCCCAACGACUUCUAAAUGAUCUAGUUCGAAGUGAUCAAGUUCAGCGACCAAAUCCUUUGCUUCUACUCCAAUUCCUCUCGGUUCCCUGUACUUCUGGGCAUAAUUCGACUCGUGAUGUGAGGUUUCAAAUGUUUGAAGUUGGAAAUAGAUGCAUAGCCUCACUGUAGGGUCGAGUUCGUUUGUGCGUUGUUCGUAGUGCAACGUGAAAUCCUGCUGGUCAAUAAGAGUUUCGACCGCGAAAAUUCGUGUGACACCUACCUUUUUCAAGUAGAUGGACCUAAGCAGUACUCCUGACGCUCCAUCGGGAUUUUGGUUUUGAUGGAAGUAGUAAUCGCCAGUCUUCCAUAUCCAGUGCGGUGGUGGUCCAUCAUCUCCUGCUUGUUGUAGAGGCGGAAUAGAUGUCGGUUGAUGCAGGGUUCGACGAUCCAUCGAGGAGGGAGCUACAGGUGUAAACAUGUCUACUCUUCUUGCAUUUUGCGUAGCAGGUGUAGCUGCAAGGGGAUCCCCUAUCUGCUGCGAUGGCAGUCUGUUCGGUGGCAUCGUUUGUGGAUUCUGCCCCUUUCCACCUUUCCCCAUUGGUGGUGGUGGAAGUGGUACUCCUGGUAUUAGGUUGUGAUAGUUCAUAGUGCCUGGGGACAGUUGUUGAUGAUACGGAUUACCCCUAUUCAUUUUGGUUUCAGCUUAGUCGUUGUUAUGCUGUUGUAUCUUCUCGGGGACCACUGAAUUCGUAGUUAUUGAUGAUGGUUUUCAGCUACCGCAACCGUUGAAACGCGAAAUGUGUUGCAACCACAGUAAGGACAAGAGAAGUUUCCGUUUGAGGCGUCGUCGUAGAUCUCACUGGAAAUAACAGUCCAAGCUGAUGAAGUGAUGACUUGAUGUGUCUGCUGGUAGUUCUGAGACACUACUGUUACCAGUGAAAGUCCAAAAUUAUGUUGAUCAAGGUAAUCCAGGAUGCGCAAAUGCUCGUAGUGACGUACUAGAAGGUUAUCCGACAAGUUGUGAAAAAUGAUGAUGUCUGUCGGAAGGCGAUGGAAAGUCGUUCCUUCAGUCUGCGAAAAGGCGUAGUGCUCGUUUAGUAUCACAACGCGAAGAAUUUGGUUCACAACUGCACGUGGUGCAGAUAUUGACAAGAUAACGUCCCGACCUGGUACGUACUCGUCCCUACUCAGUUCUGGCACUCGUUGAACUAGAGUUCCUAGAGAUUCGGACGUCGAUCGCAAUUUAGCGUGAGCGGUUCCCAUUGGUAUGUACCUCAGCUAAGGCAUGACAUGAGAGUAUCCGUGAGAGGCGAUGUUUGGAAAUGAUUUUGCUCAGUGAAAGUAAGAGUAGGAAUACAACGGGUCAUGGAUAAGGUGCGUUUAGUACCCAUAGGGAGACUGUGUCUCCGCUUCGCUAUCGAUGCUCUACUUCCACUCUCUUCACACGUACUCGAUGUCUAGGAGCCAGCUGUGUAUGCUGAUUCAGCAGGUGAAGUCGGUUCGUAGUGGAGCGUCUGGAUGUCGUAAAACAGUGCUUCCGCUUGUGUAAUACCAAGCUCCAAAUCAAUUGUCGGCCUGCGAUCGAGCAACUCAAGUUGUGGGUCCUCCAAAAACGCUUCAGGUGGUGUUAACUGACUUCGUAGUAAACGAAUUUCUUCACGAAGUGAAGUUACCUCUGUCUGGAGUGAAAAUAAUACUGUUCCUUGUGUUCUAGUAAAUUCCUGAAGAUGAAGAUGUGUUUCGUCCAAUCGAUGGACCAUGUGAUUCGUAGUACGCGAGACACUGAUGAUAAUUUCGUGAGAUGUCUCGGACCGCUGAAAAAUCGUCGUGAUGGAAACAGCAAUGCUUCGUAGAGUUUGAAGAACCUCCACUAUUUGUUGCUGUACCGUGCGCAGUAGUCGAUACAUGAAUGCUUUUCUUCAGUCCUAAUUUUCAAGGUGACAAGUUUCCAGGAGAAGAUGCAUCGUCCUGCCACAAUCCUGCUUCAAGAUCUAUUUCGCGUCGAUUCAGAAGAUGUUGGAUGUCUGGGAUCUCCAACACUACUUCAGGUGGUGUAAGUUGAUGGCGGAGUAGCUGUAUCUCCUGCCUUAGUUGAUGUAAUUCGUGCUGAAUGUCACGUGAGUGGCUGCGAUGCGCUCUGAUAUGCUCCUUCAAUGUCGUAGCCGUGUGAUAAACCGUUUUUGAGAUAUCAUUAAGCAGAGACCGAAAUCGACGACAAAGAGAAACAAGGUUAUCCGUCCGCUCGGAAACUGUGAAGAGCGAUUCUCGUAUAGUUCGCAAGAUCUUGUACAUGCUUCAGUGCAAUAAGGCUCGAGCCUUCGUAGGUAGAGACAUAAUUUUGUUACUUUUAUUUAUAUAGCCGGAGGAGCUAGUUAGUGGAAAAUCGUUCUAGUUUACAAUUCAGUGUUUUGUCACCUGAUAUCUCAAUUAUUCUUGACUCAAGGUUUUGGUAUUUACAAUAUAUAUAUAUAUAUAUUUAUUUUCUAUAUAAUUAUAAUGCUGUAAUGUCUAGUGAUUUGAUACCCCGGUAAUUCAUUUCGUUUACAAGACCCCAGUUGAAAUUGUCCUUGGUGUCCUUCGAGAGGACUGCGUAGAUCCUUAGAGCUCUAGCUCUAUGCUAACAGAUAUCUAGUCCCUCGACUUCAGUCUCUCAGUGUUACCCUCCUCCGGCGUGAACACUUAGUUAAUACUAGCUAACGCGCUUGCGUUUGAAAUGAGCCCUAGCUCAAUCUUAUCUCUUAUGCUCUGAAUCCUAGAUUCUUAAACCAAAACCUAAACGUUCGUUGGGAAGAGAUAGAUGGAUGAAGUCCGGACAAUCGUCCAUUCGUUUCAGUGGAAUGCGGUUUGCAUGAGGAUUGCUCAAUUUGUUCUCUCGUGUCAGGCAGUUUUGAAUACUCUCUACGAGGAAACGACUGUCACAUACUACUUACUCGUUUUGCCUUACAACAUUCCUCGUACUCGUAGCUCCUUUCCCUGCUCCUCUAAUCAUCGGCAAGAAUACGGUAGUUUUUGGGAUUGGCUUACUGACUCGAUACCCGAUGACCGAGGUCGGUGGUCCGCGAUCUUCGGCGCCGAUAAUCAAACCGUCAAAGGAGGUGUUUGGCCGUUGCCCAUCACCCACGAGAGCCAAAUUCCAUACUACUGUACGGAUAACAAAAGCAGGCAGGGACACAGCGCUAGUGGCUUACCGCAGUACCUGACCGGUCGUUUCGGGGACGGUGAUCCCGAACCGCCAAUGUGGUUUGAGUUCAGCAAUAGUCCCUACAUGACCGGCGAUAUGCGGUACAAUAGUCCACGUUCUAUUAAGGCUACUACCGAUCUCUUCCAACACAUACACACACAACUCAUUCCGAUAGUUCAACUAUCGUUACGCCAGUCAUCAUAGAUCUCAAGCAUUAGCAUCCACCUCAGCAUCAUCGAUCCUUGGCCCUUUAUUUUCUACUUGGUUCUGGACUUGCUCAAAGAUUAGGGACAUCGACGGACAACAUUCUCUCUUAUAUAUUCUACUUGACAAAUAAGGGGCCGCCAAGGAUGCAGCACUCAGGGAUGAAGAUGCUAACUACUACGCGGAGGUAGCAGCUCUAAUUCUCCGGUGAUCAACAACUACAAGCAAACGCAAUGGUCAAUGCGAACAGGGAAGCAGCGGAAGGACAUGGACAUGGGCUGGCGGCUAAACUUGAUGCGUUAUGGGCUGCAUCAAGUCCGUUCUUGGUUGCUGGAUAGGGAACGGGAAUUUAUCAUAGGAACACAUGUCACGGGGGAGAGAUAUAAUGGACAGAUCGUGCAGGCUAUGGAGAGAAAGCAGCCAUACGGACAAUGGGAGUUAUGACAUUUUUAUUCAAAUUCGUUUCUACAUGUAUUUCAGUACUCAGCACUGUUAAGAAUCUAGAAGAUGACUGCUCAGUCAAGAAUCUAGAAGAGGAGGAAGACAAGAAGAAGCGAAUCUACAACUACUUUGUUUUUCAUCAAUGAUAAGAUGUAUUGACGUUUCAUCUUGUUUUGUUCUUGCUCACAAGAACUGUGUCUUCUAAUGGUAGACUCCCGCAUGUACGACGUGCUCUAUUUCCGUCCCCCACCGUUUCCGGAAGUGCAGAAGACGGCUCAAAAUUUGCGUGCGGUUGCUGGGAUACGCGUCACUUGUGGGCACAAUGGAGAGUGGGGAGACCUUGACACUGUGGUGCAGAGUUGGAAGGAUGUGCCUGAUGCCUGCAAAAAUAAUGUCAUCUGGAACCCGAAAAGCCACACGCGCAGAUACCAAAACGAACACGAUUCAGCAUGGCCAAUGUGGAUUUGGGGAAACCUCGACGCUGAUCCAGGGGAUGAAGUCGGCAAGAUUGUAGCUGGUGGUGACAUCACGAAGCACAGCAAAAACGCAGUCAAGAAGGUGGUGGACGAUGCUUUGAAAGUUGCUCGUUUAGCUUGGCCCAGUCCAGCUCCAGCUUUUGUCGUCACGGACGCAAACACCGAAUUAUUUUAAGGGUAGGUUAAAGGUGCUUUUCUUACCGCUUUUUAUGCCUCUCCUAAGGGAGAAAGGCAUAAAAAGCGGGGUAAGCGAGCACCAAAAACCUACCUCUAAUUAUUCUGCUCCAAAAAAUGCUGCGGAGAUGAACACUGCAAGAGUUUUUCUUACCUAGCGAACCAACGCCAGAGGAACUGCAUCCUGUACAAGUCGAUGGACAAUUACGCUGUCAGUACUAAUAUGGGGCAUCCCAGUAGGCAGAUGUGCGGAGGUAAGAUGGCUAGCGAAGGUGACGGAGGUGGCGCCGUGUCGGAGAAAGGUUUUUGCGUGCAGGGCGAGAGCUUCUGUGCGAAAGGUGGCGAGAUGGCAGGCACUGACAUGCCACAAGACGGUCCAGUAGUCGCGCCGCCGAUGUCCGAAGCGAAUAGAAAAAGAGUCCAGAAAAUCUUUGAGAACAAGAUGCAACAAGAACUAGUGCAAAAACAGAGAGGAGCACCAGCAGUUCCUCAAUCCUUGACGCCAGACGAACUGAACCGUCUGUACCAGGAUGCUCAAGCUGAGGUUAGUACUAGUACGCAAGCAGCGUGUGCCGCUUGUCCUACGAAGAUGAUUAAGUCGAUAAGGAACAUCGGACAAGACCCCAAAACCGGCAAGGACAUUCUGACGGAAGUGGAGACGAAGCAGACGUGUGGCCAAUUCGUCGACGAAUUGAGGGAAAGGGGCUUUUUCGGGAGUAAGCAUCCGAAUGCAUCAACAGUAUCGACAGCAGUGGGGAAUUGCAAGGCGAACUGCAACUACGAUCCGAGACCCUGGAAGACAUGCAAAUUGGAUUUAUGGCUGGAACAAAAUAAUCACACAUGUGACGAUUUUUCAUGUUAGCGCAUCCACGACUGGGUUCGUUAGAUAGCCUUUAUGAUCCACGUAAAAAAAGAAAAAUGAAGAAUCUACUUCUACCUUGCCAUGAUAGAACGACUUAUUUCGUUUUCUACUACAACAUCUUUCUGAGAUGAAUCUUCUAAUCAGGACCGUCGACGCCAGCUACGAACGUGACCCUAAGCCAGUGGUCUUUAUCCAGACCCGCUUGAGACCUGGCAAAUUAGUGAAGCGAAACCGCGUCUGCGCGUCUCCUGUCUAUGAGUGGAAGUGGGACUAUGCUGGUCAAUGGGGUGGUGGCGGAACCCCUCUAGAUGAUGCGAAUGCCGCUAUCAAAGCCCUCAGAGAGAACCGAAUGUACACUGUCCAGGGGUUUAUACUUAAGGCUAGUACUGCAAGAAAUGCUUCAAAGGCAUCUUCGUUCUUGGUCCCGUAAUUUCUAGAGAGACGAAAAGGGCGAGACCCAUCAAGAUGUUGCGGAUGAAGAUGGAUUUUUCUUUGUUCUAAUAUACGGAAGCUGAAAAAACCCUGCAAACUCUACCCUGGUCUGAAGGAGUUUUUGCAGCAGCAGGAUGCGAGUCUUCCGCACUACGCGAAGAGCUAUCCAGAAUGGCGCAGCUUUGUAGAUGAGUACUUGAAGGAGCUAGGACCAGUGAAAGACAUGCGACAUUCCUGGGGACCGUGGACUGCGGCGCGAACAUUUGCGGAUUUCGCUCAACAGCGGGUCAAAGUCGCGGGUGAAUUCGCUGCUGGAGAGACGCUGUUGCCAAGACCGAAUAAGAAGUUGAAGACCGACUACCGCUUCGAGAUCAUGGGCGCGAAUGGGGCUAGGAGGAAAGUCGCGAUUCCAAAUCCAAUGAUUUUUGGCGAGGCGAAGGAAACGUGGGAACGCGUAAACGAUGUGGGUGUCAUGCAGGCGGUUUUUGACCAAGCAGGUGCGUACAAGAAAAUCGUCAACCCAGAUCGUGGCAUUUUCAGAGGAGCAAAAGUGACGAUCAAAGGCAGUGGCUCCGAAGAAACCUGGCAUGAAGGCAAAGUCCUCUUCUGGGAUGCCUUGCGUGAACAAGCCGUCGUCCGUGACGAGGUUAAUCAUCAAGUCUUGUACCAACAACGUCCUGAGGUACACUUCAGGCCACCACGGACGUUAGACAACUUCGAUUGCGCUUUAGGAGUUAGGGCUCAAACGCGUUUGCAUGAAAUCGCGGCUAUUGAUGCGCCAACGAAGAAUGACUGCGCGGUGCAGUGCGAUUUGCAGACGAACUGCCAAUCGUUUGACUGGUAUCAAGCACAUGGGAAACCUAGUUGGACGACGAACCGAAUAAAAAAUUGCCACUUAUACGGAAAGAAUUAUGGCACCAUCCUCGGCUUAAUAUUUGUGCUCUUCUUGUGAAGAUAGAAGAUGAAGAAGAAUCAUGUCUGGCGUGAUCAACAUACCUAUUUUAGUCCUAGUCCUCUACCUAUAACUACCAUCACCUGCUUACCAUUUCAAGCCCUCUUUUUUUGAGGUAUCUAAAUCUACAUCCAUAACCUCAUCCUCUAACUCCCGUCGCAUUUGAAGGAAAUCCUCAAACUCGAAGCAGAAGGAAAGCGUCGAUAUCACGUCCAAGGCUUGGAUGGCGAAAACCCGAAUGAGAUUCCGUUACCCUUGGAAAGAGUAGCUCCCGCGAUCGGAAGCCAUCACUAUCAUCAUGCUUAUGAGGAUGCAGGUACUGCUUAUUAACUCAGGUUCUUCUUGUUCGUCGUAGGUCUGUGCACGUCGUAGCUUCUUUCUAGAAGAUAUGCCCUUGUCCAUCAUUCUCAUACCCGCCACGCGCCCAUACGUCGUUAGAUACAGACGUAGGAUGAGGUAUCAUGACAUGACAUGACGCCCGUGAUGUACUCGGAAACUGAAAAUAACCGAGUAGUUACUGACUGAAAUAAGGGAGGUACUAGCUCCGACAGGGCUACUCCUCCUUGUUCAGUAUCUCGCUUAUUGUAAGUACAGUUACUCGCUUAUUUCAGUUUAUCGAGUACAAUCUUCAGGUGUAAAUGAAAUGGAGGAGCCACGUCGUCUGAGUCUAUUUUAUGACCUGGUGAAAAUCCCGCAACCGGACAACUUUUUGGCGUUGCCCUUCUCCUUCAUGCGUGUCAUGCGCAGCCAGGCUGAGUGGCAGAUGUGGAAGUACUUCGUCAAUUAAGGCUUUUUAUACAUACAUAGUUAGUAGUAUGACAUACUAGUAGUUAUACAUAGUAGCACUAUGUACUUGAAUGAUUGAUCACUUGAGACCUUAUACUAGUACUUGAUUCUUUCAUCUUGAGAAGAAACAUCUUGGAGCCUUAUUUUCUGAAGUGGAAAGCAUGUUGUAAAAGAUUAAGAUGCUUUUCAAGAUGAAUUAAGGUAAGCAAGCUCAAGAUGAACAAUAGUAAGGUAAGCAAGCUCCUCUAAGGGAAGCCCAAGCGGAUGCGUGCCGGCAGCAGUUUGGCUCGUGGCUUAGGCGGUGCGCGUGAUCGAUGGUGGUGUCGUUUUGCCGAAGGACGGUUGGAGUCACACAGAUGCUCAGAGCAAGAGCGCGGCUACCCACAUGCGCCUCAGCGCAGUCUAGCUGAUUUGCUCAAGAGUGUCGUGAACAAAGCUGCGAACGUCGCGGCCGACGCGACACGUUCUUAUGGAUCACGUUUUUUGAUAUCUAUGUAUCAGAGGACCAUCGAGGGGACGGGCCCCUUAAGGCAGCUAUUAUACGUUUUUUAGCGGUACUAGCGGAAAUACGGUACUACGUACCCUUGAAGAUGGUCCUCUGGCUACUAUGGAAAAAUAGACACCAACAUUCAUAGUUCUGUUGCGAGGGAAGCAAACGGAGCAAUUGGCGGCCACCUGCCGGGUUUGCCUGGAGGCAAAGUCGAAGUCUUUAAAAUCGGUGUAUCCAAACCCCCACCAGCCGACCAUGUGCCCUUCGAGGGACAAUACACGGAAGUGCCAGUAACACGUGAAGAUGGCCAUUUCAACGAAGACAACGAGCAGUACUGGAAUCACUGUUCUAGAAAAAUCAAUCCCGAAACCAAGAAGCAGAUCGGUGGCACGAUCAACGCCUUCGGCUCUGCAGCUGUGAUCAACAACACGCAGAUGGGCGAAGUUUGCAGGCCAGUGUGGCAGCGACCGCCGAAACCUCCCGGCACCGACACGUGCAAAACCAUGUGCGAGUUCGAAUUGCAGGGACAAAAUACGGAAAUUUCUAUGCGGGACGGGACAAAAAACGAAGGGCCGGAUGGGCAAGGCCAAGACGUGGGAUGUCGACAAGUCUGCUUGGAUCACAAUCAAAGGCCUUACAGUUAUCUCUCGUCGUUGGAGUACUAUAAUCUGGUAGAAGUUCUUCUACUUGCGGUUGUAAGUACUCAAUUUUGUCAAAGCAACUCACUACAACACUGAGUGAAGGAUAAAAAGUAGAUUUUUGUCAAGAAGGAAGAUGGACGUGAACAGUGUAGUUCAAACAGGAGAAAGGCUCUCUGUACAACAAGAACUUGAUGAAAUUUAUUUUAGGAAGGAUUUGGGUUCAUUUCCAGGUAACAUUCGUAGAACUCAAAGAAGAUUCAGGGAAGUCGUAGGUCCAAUCCGAAUCGACUAACAUCAUCAACGAGAAACUAUCUCUAACACGCAAAACGUUGGGAAGAGCUUUCCGAUAUGGAAAAGAUGGGCUUGCAAGAGGACGAUUACAAAUCGGACACCACAGCAACCAAUACUGGCAACAUCGCAAAUGUUGGCGUAUCCUACAUGCGCCCUUACCUGAACCCCAUGUGCAACGUGAUCUACGACAUUUAUUGUCGCAACAAAGUUAUGCUAACAUUUCUUGUUUUAUUCAUCUAGUUACAAGUACAACUCUCUCAAUAUCUACUCUUCGGUACUACCCAGAAAUAUAAUCUCUUCGGGGUAGGUAUAGAUACUAAAAAUAUCUCUUUGGUACCCUUUUGCUACCACAGAAGAAUACAACACCAAGGGACGAAGAGGUGGCGAGAUGAGGAGAGUAGAUGAAUCGAGGCAGUAUGUACACGACGCGUGGUCUAACAAAGGCUACUUCGGUUUUUCGCUGAGACAUCCGUGGAAUGGACGUGGCAAUUACGAGACCAAAGGAGGUGAGCAUCCUCGUGGCCUGUGGCCAUUUCGCGAAGACGCCUACGAGUGCGUGGACCUCCAUGACCCACCACGAAAGUUACCCAUGAUCACUCGCUUCCAUUGCGGUGACAUUGACAUUCGACCGGACUGGUAUGAGUGUGGUGGUGGGGCAUACGAACUCGGUGCGAAGAUUAUGACAGGAAAAAGUGUACUCAGACUCAGAAACGGAUGGUCAUAUCAGGAGCACACACAUGACAUGACGCAGAAAACUAGCUACAACUUUCCUACUGAAUAUUCUCUUAUCCUAGAGCUAAUAUUCUCUUACAUCAUCAUCUCCUGAUGUAAUUUCCUCUCAUCUCACGCUUAACCCGUUAUUGAGUAUGAGUACACUUUUUCUUUUCAUAAAGAUCUUUUGCAACCAAUUUUAUCGGACUGAUGCGGUGUUUGCGACACCACAUAGGAUGGGUGCGCACUCUAGCGCUACACAAGAAGCAGGCAUGCAUCACGAAAACUUGUACACGAUGAAGGACUUGAAGCCAGAUCCGAGACCGAACUAUCUUUAUGGUGAUGUUGUGACUACUUCCUUCAGAUAUAGUUCUCCAACGCGAAUGCAGUACUAGAUGAGUUCUUCCAGACAGUACGAUGUAGAGUAACUCCUGUCUUCGCAUGAAGAUUCGUCUAACUACUAAGUAAGCUGAUUCUCGAAGAUUCGACUAUCAACAUCAUUAGCCCUUUCUUUAGCUGCUCUAGGCAUAGUACAACUUCUAAUGAGCAAAACGCGCCCACUGCGAGCGACCUGCUCCUGGAAGUACCAAGAACUUUCUCGGAGUGCCAAACACUUACCGUUACCCCAAGAAACGGUACACCACUGGUCCACGCGGUCUAGGGUUGUGCAUCGAACAGUUAGGCUGGGACGAAAAACCUGACGAGGACGAAACCACCUACGACUGGGCUCGCAUGGGAACACAUGAGAAAUCGUGCAAGAUACCUUUAUGGCUCAAAAAUACAAUUCAUUAGGUUGGUAGAUGGCUCGGAAAGAUUCUGUUUGUUUGAGAAGAUAUCAAGUUCUUUGGUAUUCCUAGGCCCACCUCGUCAUUAGGUUGGUAGUUCUCUCAGUCAUCGUUUCUUCAGGCUUGUGUUUGUCCUUGUUGUGGUAUUCAGCUUACCAUAGCCUAAAUAAAAGUAUUUAUUGCACCUUGCUCCCUGAGCUCAUCUAAUAUGUGUAAUCCAUGUCGGGAAGCAUCUAGGCGCAGUGGAGGCGAGCUCUGGGGAAACAAACCCAUUGGCGCCAGCGUGUAGGGUUCACAUCACGCGGAAAGGAGCGAUCGAUAAGGACUACAAGGAGGCAGCAGGCGACUGGAAGUACGAGAAUGCGACAGAUGCUCGUAGCGCACUCAUGGUGGAGACAAAUGCGGUUGAUGAGAUGUAGAAGAUUUUUCACAUUGAUGAUGUUGGAAGACUUGUUUUCCACGUCAACAAAAGCAGAAAUUAAAAUCUAAUGAUGGUGGUUGAAGAUGAUAGACUUAAACAUGAUGAAGAGACUUUUAUCCAAGAUAGAAUGAAACUGAAUCAAUGUACUUCUAAGACAAACACAAACAGUAACUACAACUUGAACGUACCAGCAGCAGCUAUAAAUUGAUUUCUUGAACUCUUUUUCUCGUACUACUAGUACUAAUACCAAACCAAAUUGUUCGUAUAUUUGCUCACGUAUUUUUGUCGUUAUCCACGCUCACGCACAUACAAGCACUACAAACGCGAUCAUCUUAACGACGUUUUAGUUCUUAUCACACUCUCUCACAACGUUAACGUAUAGAUGAAAGUGAAUACAGAUGAAGUGGACAGUGCACGAUGGUCUCUCCAUGCUAUAUCAACAUGAAGAUGGGGUGUUUUUAUCCCGCGGAGGUCGUAUUACCCAUAUAAAAUGUUUACGCCACUUCUUUUUACCCAAACUACCUCAUCAAUGACUCCUUUCUCUUUGUUCUUAACACUGAUAUUGAGCUCUGUUUCGUAUUAUUCUCUCACUUUUCAGUACUUCUUUCGUAGCAAAACUACUAUAUUUUUUUGUGACAUCAAAAUCAAUAUUUUUUCCUGAGGAGCCUGUCUUGUACAGAUUAUUUCGCAGUACUCUAUGAUUCUCACUUUCAUUCAGUCACUCACUCAAACUCAAUACCUAUCUAUGACUCGCACACAUAGUGCUGUCUACUUCUACACUUCAAAAUAAUGCAACUCGCGACUCGAAAGGACGGUACAUCAAUUAUGCUGCAAAUACGCCUGCACCUGCAUGGUGCUGUUUAUUUGUGAUAGAGUGUACUACUAGCAGAUACACGACAUCCAACAUUCGACGAAGAACGAAGCACAGCGGCCUCCGCUUUAAUAAAGUUCGAAGUUGUCUCAU